AUGAGUCGGGGAAGCGGAGGAGGCUACGAUCGUCACAUAACGAUCUUCUCUCCCGAAGGUCGUCUCUUUCAAGUGGAGUACGCUUUCAAGGCCGUUAAGGCUGCCGGAAUCACCUCCAUUGGUGACAAGCUUUUGGAUCAGACAAGUGUGACACAUUUGUUUCCCAUUACUAAGUAUCUUGGGCUACUGGCCACCGGAAUGACAGCUGAUGCAAGGACCUUGGUCCAACAGGCCAGGAAUGAAGCUGCUGAGUUUCGUUUUAAAUAUGGAUAUGAAAUGCCAGUUGACAUAUUGGCCAAAUGGUACGAUACCUUUAUUUCAUGUUGCUGCUGGGAACUUGGUGCAAGGAAAAUGCCUGACAUUUUGGCAAUGCUUCGUCUUCCCAUAUUUUAUGCCAAUUGCUUCUGUUUUUCAUGA